GAAGUGGCACCAAAACAAAGGAGCGGCGGCCGGCAGCGGAUCUACGUCUUUCGGCCUCUCUUCCGCGCGCCUCCCGGCCCUGGCCGCCGACCCCAAGGAGCCGUCUGACUAUGUCCAACAUGGAGAAACACCUGUUCAACCUAAAGUUCGCGGCCAAAGAACUGGGCAGGAGUGCCAAGAAAUGCGACAAGGAGGAAAAGGCCGAGAAGGCCAAAAUUAAAAAGGCCAUUCAGAAGGGCAACAUGGAAGUUGCGAGGAUACACGCCGAAAAUGCCAUUCGCCAGAAGAACCAGGCGGUGAAUUUCUUGAGAAUGAGUGCGCGUGUCGAUGCUGUGGCUGCCAGAGUCCAGACGGCGGUGACGAUGGGCAAGGUGACCAAGUCGAUGGCCGGUGUGGUUAAGUCGAUGGAUGCGACGCUGAAGACCAUGAAUCUGGAGAAGAUCUCUGCUUUGAUGGACAAAUUCGAACACCAGUUUGAGACGCUGGACGUCCAGACGCAGCAAAUGGAAGACACCAUGAGCAGCACGACGACGCUGACCACUCCCCAGAACCAAGUGGAUAUGCUGCUCCAGGAAAUGGCAGAUGAGGCCGGCCUAGACCUCAACAUGGAGCUGCCGCAGGGGCAGACCGGUUCUGUGUCCACGAGCGUGGCUUCGGCCGAGCAGGAUGAACUCUCCCAGAGACUGGCCCGCCUGCGGGAUCAAGUGUGACACAGAACCCACCCUGAGGUUUCCUGGCCGUAGCCUCCUUCUGAAAUGCUCUCUGUAUAUUAGAAAGAUACUAUACACUAGAAACUCUGAACGUGCCAGAAUGGUGAAAUGCUCUUUACUUAAAAUGCUUCUACCUGUGGGUUUACAGUGCUCUCCAGAUACAUUAAGAAAUUUCAGGCUUUCUCCACUGUUAACUGGAUUUUAAAGUUCUGUAUAGCUUGUAAUGAUGUGUAUUAUUAUAGCUGCCUGUUAACAGAACUAAUUAAUUUGGUGUAUAUGAAUCUUUCUCAAAAAUUUGGUCAAAACUCUAGUUCCCGUGUAUUCAGUUUUCUACCCGAAUUAUCAAAAUUGGUUAUUUUUUUUUAAUUUAGUGUAAUUGAUAAUAUCUAGAAUUGACAGGUGGUGCAUAAAAAUUGAAGAGAGGAGAAUGAUUACUUAGAUUGAUUACAGGGCUGGCACACCUCAUUCAGCUUAUUUAAUGGACCGAGUUAUUUCUUUGUAUCUUUUGUUUUUGCCGUCAAAUCGAGACUACAGUUGACCAUUAAUUUGCUCUCGUAACUUACACUAAAAUUACCUUAGGAUAUUCUUGCGUAAUACUCUUACUGUUCUAUAAAUUUUUCGUGUGGUAGUUGUCUUAUAACUGGAAAAAAAUGCCACAUAACUUCCAUUUAUUAAAGGAAAAAAUUAAGUUUGUUCAUUUAUAUUUUUAUUUACUGAAGAGUUUUUAAAAACACAAGGUUAAACAUAUGACAGUUUCUUUCAAAUGGAAUUCUCUAACAUGUUUCUAGUU